UAAUUUUUCACAGAGCACCUAUUGAACCAAUACGCCACCUCGCCGACUUACACAAUCUGCAUGGGAAGGCGGCGGCUGGCCUCAAGGUCCGGGCCUCGCCUCCGCCAGAUAAAAGCCACGGCGUUACCAUGGAAUAUUGGAAGUUAAGAUACAAAGAUGUGACGGGUGCCAAUGAGGCUCUUUUGAUUACUUACGAUAUAAAGGCCGGUGAGGCGCGACCCCACUAUGGAGGCACACACCAUGCGCGCCGCUGUAUUAUUGCUGCUGGGGCUGGCCGCCCUCGCCUCGGCCGCCACUACUUUCCAUGGGUACCGCGUGGUGAGCGUGACGCCGUCCACCAGUGCCCAGGUGAAGCUGGUGAAGUUCCUCAUCAAGAGACAUGGUCUGGAAGAAUGGACUCACACACUUAAGCCUAGAGUGUCCAUGGACCUGAUGGUGCCGCCCAGUAGCUUCAGGGCGGUGCUCAAAACACUCUACAAGCACCACGUGCCCGUCACCAUCAAAAUUAACAACGUGCAGGCACUCAUUGACGAGCAGAUGAAGCAGCACCGUGUCCUCGACGCUCUACCUCGAAGCUUCGACCACACUCGUUACCACCGCCUGAACGAGAUCUACUCUAUCCUGGAUGGCGUGGAGACAGACUCGGAGCUGGUGACGACUUACGUGGCUGGCACCACCUACGAGGGUCGGGACAUCCGCGUCGCGAAGGUUUCAUCAGGCGGCAGCAAGGAAGUCAUCUGGAUUGACUGCGGCAUCCACGCGAGGGAGUGGGUCUCGCCUGCCACGUGCCUGUACAUCCUGGACCAGCUCACCUCCGGCAGCAGCGAGGCCACACGACUUCUCGACUCCUACGACUUCCACAUCAUGCCCUCUGCCAACCCAGACGGCUAUGAGUACACCUGGACUGACAAUCGGAUAUGGCGCAAGAACCGCGUCCCUUACGGAAGCCUCGGCUGUCACGGCACGGACCCCAACCGUAACUUCGAUUCCGAUUUCGGUGGUCCAGGCACCUCCAACAGUCCUUGCUCCGACAUCUACCACGGUCCCUCGGCCUUCUCAGAGAAAGAGUCCCAGGCGAUCCGUGACUCAGUGAUAUCCCACAACCCCAAGAUGUUCUUCACCCUCCACUCCUACUCCCAGCUCUGGAUGACGCCCUACGGCUACACCCACAACCUGCCCGCCAAUUACAACGAGCAGUACCGCGUGGCUGGUGUGGGCGUGGACGCGCUGACAGCUGUCCACGGCACCAGAUUCGUGUACGGCAACAUUGCUGAUGUCAUCUACAUGGCAGCGGGCGGCAGCAGUGACUGGGCCUACGACUCGGCGGGCAUCCAGUACGCCUUUGCCCUGGAGCUGAGGGACACUGGCAACUACGGCUUCCUGCUACCUCCUGAUCAGAUCCUCCCCACUGGUGAGGAAACCUUCGCGGGCAUCGUCGCCGCCAUCGAUGCUGCCAAGUAGUGUGCGGGGGUGUGCAGUGACCCAGGGCAGCCACGCGUGUCAAGUUUAUUCUCUUCUGUAGUAAAUGUUCCAGAAGAAC